AUGAACGAAGAGCCGGACAAUGCCCCCAGGGCGCCAGUCAAGUCGGACUCCAACGGGUUUUUGUCUUCGAUUCUCACCGCUGCUCACAACGCCGCCAACAUCAUCAGCUCCUCGGCCACCUCCAACACGGUAGCCACCCCCGACACUAAGAAGGACCACUCCUUCUCGCAUAAACUAGACUUCUUGCUCAAGCCUGCGAAGCUCGGCAGCACCUCCAAAAGCUUUCUGAGUGAAGAAGGCGAACCCAAGCCCGCCGAAUCAGAGAACAGCGAUCCCGUGCAAGAACAAUCCCAGCAUCCUCUGCAUCUCACAGCCAACGUUCAGUUCGAAUCCGUCCGUGAAUCCCCAUUGAACUCCCUUGGCCAAGGCGAUCUAUCUCUUGACGCUUUUGCUAAGAACCGUAACAUCAAGUCCAGGCGGUUGAUGAUUACCCCUAAUCAUUCCAGUGACAACAUCAAUGAUUUGAGAAAGAGCAUGAGUCCCGAUAGAGUCAAUCGCUCGUUGCCUUCCACUAGUCAAUUGAUGGUUAGUGGUGCCGCUGAUUCCAAAAGGGUCCACCGUAAGUCCAUUGGCAAUGGCAGUAUCGUGCCCAACAUUCCAGGUACCCCUAUUGAUGAAUCCAAGCGGUCAAGUAAUGACUUGAAGAACAAAGUUUCCAAAUCAGAUGCCAGUGACAGUGAUAGCGACAUUGAUUCCGAUGCCUCGGAUACCGAGGAACUAGACGGCAUUAUUGAUUAUUCACAACUAAAGUUUGCAUCAAAGAAGAGGAACAAGGAAUUCCACAGAACGUUCAAGAAGUUGCCCCAGUCUGAAAAAUUGAUUCAUGACUGUAGUUGUGCUCUUUCAAAGGAUAUUCUUGUCCAAGGAAGGAUGUACAUCAGUGAGCAUUACGUAUGUUUCAACUCAAACAUUUUAGGUUGGGUCACCAACAUCACCAUUCCUUUGCAAGAAGUUAUAUUGAUUGAAAAGAAAUCCACUGCCGUUCUAUUCCCCAAUGGUAUGAUUGUUAGAACUUUGCAUCAUAAGUAUGUGUUCGCUACAUUCUUAAGUCGUGAUGCGACUUUUGAUUUAAUUACAAAUAUUUGGCAUAGAGUGUUGUUAGAGGGGGCCGAUGUGGAUACCACCAAGUUGUUCAAAACAAAUAGUGGUGUGAGAAGAAAAAGAAACGGUUCUAAAUCUACGGUUGUAUCUAAAUCUUUGAGCAAUGAAACAUUGGAUGAUUCGGAUGAGUAUAGCAGUGGAAAUUCUAGUCAAGACGAUCAAAUGCAUCUAAAUGAAGUUGACGAAGAGGAUGAUGAUCAGAAUGACGAUAGCGAGGCUGACGAUGGCUCGUUAAAUUUCAAAGGAUUUCCAGUUGUUGGUCCAUUGACUCAUGAUCCUACUGAGUUUGACUACCAAAAACAGCCCAAUGACACCUUUAUUACCGAAGAAACAUUGAAAGCGCCUUUAGGUGCCAUUUUUCUUAUUUUGUUCGGCAAUGAUACUUCGAAAUUCAUACUGAUUUUGAAAAAGCAAAAGAAUUUCGAUAUCAGCGAACUGGAUAUCACUGGAUUGGGUGCUAAGAAUAAAGAAAGAAAUUAUACGUAUAUCAAACCAUUGGCAGGACCAAUUGGGCCCAAGCAAACUAAAUGUUUGAUUGAAGACAAAUUGGUUGAAUUUCUGCCAGAGAAGUAUAUUCUAGUGGAACAAGUAACUCAAACCCCAGAUGUUCCAAGUGGAAAUUCUUUUAAAGUGCGGACCAAGAUUUACCUCAGUUGGGGGCCAGGCAAUACCACUAAGAUUUAUGUGGUUACCGCCGUCGAAUGGAGUGGUAAAUCAUGGAUCAAAGGUGCCAUUGAAAAGGGAAGUAUUGAUGGACAGAAGGACUCCAUGAAGGUCAUGGUCGAAGCUCUUAAUGAGAUGAUUCGUAAUGGAAACAGCGGAGACAGCAAGUCCAAGUCAAAGAGCAAGAAGAAGAGCAGAAGCAGAAAGAAUACUACAUCACAACCUAGGAGCACCGAGCCUAAGGAGGAGAAACCCGAGGCCGGGCCCGCAGCUGAGGGAAUUCAGCAGCAAUUCUCCAACCUCGUGGUGUCGAUUGGUAAGUUGGUGCCUAUUCCGUACUUGGGAGACAUGGUCACCGGAAUUAUUGUUUUAUUGGCAGGAUUAGUGUUGUUCGUCAAGCUUGCAAACAGCGUCACUGGACAUGGGUCACUGGAUAACGGAAUUCAGUAUCUAGGAGGAGACGGCUAUGUUUCGUCCAAGAUAAGAAUCAACAACCGCAAGUACCUUAUCAUCCCCACUAUCAGCCCCAGUUUGAACAACAAGGAGAUGACGAUGGAGGCCGAGGUUAAUCUCUGGAACUGGGUGAGGGAACGCAGUGACAACCGAUUACAUAUCGAAAGCGACGAGGCAGGUGGCAGCGACAAGGUUCACCAGAAAUACAGUGACCAAGAAUUACGAGAGAUCGUGAGGCUUGCGCAGAUGAAGCUAGACCGAUUGAGUCAGAGGCUCGAUAUCUAG